UGGCGCACCUUCAGGUUGUUUCCCCUUGUCCUGACACUUGGGACUUGGGAGAAGAGACCGACCUUCACCUGCCUACAACCUCAUCUCAGGCAGUUAUAGAGGGCUAUAAGGUACCCCCAAGAAGCUCCUUUUCUCCAGAAUAAACAAUCCCAGCUCCCUCAGUCUCCCCUGGUGUUCCGGACUGUUCACCAGCUUUUUGCCCUUUGUUGUGGAAAUAUUACUACCUACUAGCAUUUUCUUCCCUGGAAGUUGCUGAUAUUUCUUUGGGUGUAGGUAACUUGUGUACAAUAUGGAAGAAACAGUUUGUAAGAUCCGGAGAAUGUGCUCAUACCUGGAGAUCCCGAAGGAAAUAACUGAUGGAAGCCCAGUUUUCUGAAAUACCUGAUUUACAAACUGCCUUAUUUGCAAGGCAACACCUACGAGGAAGGCUGCCGGCUCCUGCAGCCUUUCCAGGGCCAACCAAUCACUUGUCUGUAGGAGCUGGGUGUCGCAUCCGGCCCUGGUACCAGUUUCACUUAAUCUGACAUAAAGAGCAGGAAUGUAUGAAAUAACUCAAGCCUCUUUCCUAGACACGUUUCCUAUCGCCUUCCAGCCUUAAAAGCUUCCACGAAAGUUCGUAGAAGACUGAUUUUUUGUUUCCCUGGGAAAAUAGUCACGAUACAUGCAAAUUUUUCUUUUCAGUCUUUGACUAUGUGCUGUUUUUUUGUUGGUGAUCCUCUCCAUUUUUCUCAACUUUUUGGCUUUGUCCACAUUAUUAUUCAUUAGUCCCUAUCUGUUCUUAAUUAUGAAGUACAAGGCUUCUUGUCAUUCUUUAAAGUUAUUUUUUAAACUGAAUUAUCCCACAACCCUCAGCCUUUUCUUGCAAAUAUAAAAAAUUUUGAUGAGAAAAUUAUCCCUUUUUGAUCCUUCAAAGAGAACUCUAUAGCUCUGAGGUACUUCACACUCUUAAUCACACUCUGAAGAAAUAAAAGGUAACUAAUUUGGCUGGAGCUCACUUUAUUACAAACCACAGUCAUCACAUUGGCAAAGAUGAGGAAAAUCUGUAGAUUUUUGCGUGGCACUGUGAGGGCCUAAUUUAGGUGAUGGAAACUUCAUGAAAAUCUCUUCGUGCUGUUAAAAGGGAGUACAAAGCAUUAAGUGCAGACAUGAGCUAUUACAAUUGCUCAGUAUAACUUAAUAGAUGGAAACUUGGUAAGCUGCUGUAAUUUGGUUGCUCUGAAGUUUCGUGGUCAUACCACAAAUUUCUUCAUGCCUCAUACCACAGAUUUCUUCAUGCCCCCACGUACAGCACAGCCUGCUGCAGCCCGCCUGAGAACUGGGACAAGUGUGCUAGCUAGGAGUUGGAUCCACUAUAAUAAGAUUAUCCCAGAGCUACACAGACCUCAGCAAGCAGCUAUUUUAAGCAGGGAAUAACAGAGAACAAGAGCAGACAGCCGCAAAAUAUGUCCAGCUGUCUCCAUUUCUGGAAUUCCAGGGUGGACAGUGUUGCUAUGGUGUGCUUGCUGUCAGCCUCAGGUACAGGAAACUCUGUGUUUGAAAUUACGCCUUUAAAAAUCUUACGCCUGAUGAGUCAACUAUACUUGCCGUUUACAUACUUCUGGUAAUCAUGUUUUUACUUCACUUCCCCAUUUCACACAGUUUUGUCUUUCACUUUUCACUCGUGGCUUGAGCUGCGUUGUCUGGGGAAAAUAUAGCAACAAAAGUACAAAUUCUUUCUCUUCACAAAUUUAUUGUGAUGAUAACUGAUGGUGCUGGAGUAGGAUGAAUUAAGAUUGCAGAGAAUUUGAAAAAUAACUGAACUUUCCCUGAAGAUGUGUGACUGAGGAUGACUGUGCUGAAUUUUGUUCCUCUUUCCUCAAAACAAAGUUUUAGUCUGUCAGAUACUGAACAAAAAAAAGUAAUUAUGUUUGGACUUAUUUUUUUCACUUUAUUCACCUCUGGAGUCAGUGAAUUUCUUUGUGUAUCAUCAGAUCUUGAAAUGUCAUAUACUUUUUGUGAUUCUACAGCUCAUGCUUUCAUGUUUAAUUUGACACCUUGCAGCAUCAUGAACACAUACGUCUGGAAGGCUACUAUUAACUGGAUUCCAAGAAGUGACAUCACCUUUUUGAAGAUUGUCUUCCAUGUCUGGCACGAUGGUACCAAAGUGCUUCACUGGAAACAGGUCCUGUGCAGCGGAACUGACGAUGAAUACUCAGUGUGUGAAAUGCUGAAAGGAGAAACACUUGUAGAAGAAUUUGACAUUAAAGGUUUAAGAACAUCGUUUCUAAAGGGCAAUUAUAAUAUUAUUGUACAAGGAUUCUCUGAUGAUUCUGAGAAUAAUAUGACCAUAUGCUUGAAUUUCACCAUGAUAGUAAAAGAAGAUGUUUACUGAGUGCAACAAACUUUUCAAAUAAUUCGAGAACACUGAGGUCACUUCUGCAAGCAACUGGAAUCCAAGCUGCAAAGUAAUAAGCAAACUAAAUUUCCUGAAGUGGAAUACAUCUUAUGUUGUCUGGAAAGCUAUAUGAUAUACAGUCUUACUCAUUUAUAGCACUGCUGUAAUCAGAUGCUCAGCCAAUGUGCACAAAAUCUCCAGGUAUCAGGCAUUCUGAUUAAUCCGCAGCAUAACCCUGACCAGAUGUCAGGCUGAGGACUGCAUUUUGCUGCUGUGCCUUGAGUUAUGAUACAGUCAAGUUCUUCAGACUGAGCUAAACUAAUCAAGAAGUUUUGAAGUGCAAGAAUCAGAAGUUCAUCAGUACUCAAUUGAAAACACAGCAAUUGAAUUUUGAAACCCUGCCAUAAGUUGUUGUGUUUUUUUUCUUUUGACAAUAAAACUUGUUUGU